AUGGGACAGUUGAUUGCAGGUCCGUUUGCUGGGCAAUUGCUGGGUCAAUUUGGAGCAGAGGUCAUCAAAAUUGAACCACCGGGUGUAGGAGAUCCGCUUCGUGUCUGGAGGGAACUGGAUGUUGACGGCACAAGCCCAUGGUUUAGAAGUAUCGCAAGGAAUAAGAAAAGCGUCGCUAUCGAUCUUCGCAAGCCAGCAGGCCGAGAACUGGUAAAGCAACUUGCUAUCAAAAGCGAUGUGAUGAUCGAGAAUUUUAAGCCUGGCACGCUUGAGAAAUGGAACCUGGCUCCUGCCGAUCUUCAUCCUUUGAACCCUUCCUUGAUUUAUACCCGUGUAAGUGGUUAUGGCCAAACAGGGCCUUGGGCUUCCCGACCGGGUUAUGCCUCCGUGUGCGAGGCGGAAUCUGGUUUUCGCUAUAUCAAUGGCAUUCCUGAUGUUGAAACGGAGGGCCUUUCUGGUCCUCCAGUUCGUCCCAACAUUAGUUUAGGCGACUCAAUCGCUGGCUUGCACGCAGCCUUUGGAACGGUCCUCGCGUUGCUGUCGCGACAGCGUCAAAAGAGUCCUGAUACCUCGAGUCAAACGGGAACGACUGUCGAUGUCAGCAUCGUGGAAAGUAUGCUCAACCUGAUGGAGGGAAUAAUACCUGAAUACGAUAGGAAAGGAAAGAUCCGUGGCCCCUCUGGUUCGUCGGUGACUGGCAUUGUUCCGACGAACGCUUAUCCUUGCUUGCCGGAUUCACCAACGGGAUCUGCUCCUACAUAUAUCAUCAUUGGCGCCAACGGCGACACACUCUAUAAUCGUCUUAUGACAGCGAUUGAUCGCAUGGACUUGAUAGGCCCCUCGUAUCAGCACAAUAUGCACCGAGUUGCCAGACAGGCUGAGAUUGAAGAGGCUAUUUCUGCUUGGACUAGCCAGCGAUCAGGUGACGAGGUGAUUGAUGCCAUGAAUAAAGCCAGCAUACCCGUUGGACGCGUAGUGAAUGUAAAGGAGAUUGUUGAAGGGGAGCAAAUCCAGGCGAGGGGGGCUGUCCGAGACGUCUGGGUUAAUGGGUCACAAGGAAAAGAAGGCUGGAGCGUGAAAAUGCAAGGAACGUUUCCAUUAAUUGACGGCGUUGACCUUCAACCUAAAUGGGCCGGACCUGACCUCGGAGACCAUACGGAAGACGUUUUGAUGGGUGAUUUGGGUUACAGCGCAGAGGAAGUAGACCAACUCAGGAAGGAUGGGGUCAUUGGCUGA